AUGUCACAUCUACGUAAAGGUUGGCGUAAGUGUGCGGCCAGAGAAGCCAAGGACUGGUGUUUAGAUCUACCGCCACUACAGAAACGGGCUGAGGAGGGGUUUUCGGUCGUGCAGAUAUGUUUUGAGACUAGAAAGAAAUGCGCAGGAUGCGAAUUCAGCAAUGGUGUUGGACUGAUAUCCGCCGGCAGCACUCUAGAUAUCAAAGCUCUUGUCUCCUACGGUGGUGGAAAGUUCACCACUAUCGGCUCAACACCACUUCCACCCCAAUUGAUACACAUAGCGGGGCUGCCAGAUACUCGUCGUCGUGAGUCGUGUUCGCUAGUCCCGGGACCAUCUUCGGAAAAUACGACACCACUCCCGGAAAACGUAUUCAGGUCUCACCGAUACGAAUAUGCAAAGAAAGAGUAUGCAUGGGUACUUCCAAGCGAUGAGAACUACCACAAGCAAAGCGCAGGCAUUGCGCACACGAGGAGUCUGAUCUUUCUGAAGCCGUUGCUUGGUGGGCCAUUCUUUAAUCUGGGGGCGGUGUGGGAAGAGCAUACGAAGUUCAAGUUUGGGGAGAGAGAUGCUGCGAAACCAAUGGCUACAAUGGUGGACCAGCCGUAUGUCAAUCACAUACCGACUAUGACCGGAGGGGUGGGUCAGGAACGACUCACAGCCUUUUACACUCACCACGUUGUUUUCAGCAAUCCACCCGAUACUGCCCUCUCUCUCGUCUCACGCACCGUAGGCAUCGACCGCGUGAUUGACGAAUUCAUCUUCACCCUCACACACACACACACCAAAGAAGAUCAUGCGACGGCGCUCAAACAGUUAGGAUUAUUGCCAGAGUACGUCCCUUUUCCAUACGAGACUGAGGGAGAGACCAAACCGGAGGGGAAGAGGUACGUGGUGAAAUUGCCGGUUGUGGGAAUGGAGGGGAGUAGGAAGUUGGUGGAUGAGAGCUGUGAGGAGAAUAACACAGUGAUGGGUGGUAGAUGGCGAGUGGUUGACGAUGUUUAA